AAGGAGAUAAUUCCAAUGACGUUAUCCUGACUCCUGCAGCUGCUAAAUACAAUGAGCGCGUAAACGGAAAAUUACUCACGAACAUCAACCUGAGAGGCUAGGGCGCUAAGACGAGAGAGAAUCAAAGCAUUGGGUCAUUGAUCUGUUAUUUGAUUGAUAAAAAAGUGAGCGUUUAAUUUAUAAGAUAAGAAGUAAAAUGGCUGCACCGGGAGCUGGAGGCAGUGGGACUCCAACGGCGACGAACAAACGCCAAUCAGCUAACGCCAACGUGUUGCACGGGAUUGGCGGGUCAAUAGAAGAUAAAAACAACGAUUACUUGUGUCCGAUAUGCUUUGAAGUUAUCGAGGAGGCGCACAUCACUAGGUGCGGUCACACGUUUUGCUACAAAUGCAUCGGGAAGACUCUGGAAACAAUUGGGCGUUGUCCUAAAUGCAGUUUCACGCUGACGCAGCAGGACAUAUUUCCUAACUUUCUGCUAAAUGAACUCAUCUCCAAGUACAAAACCAAGAUCCGCGGGCUCGGAGACGUCGGGUGCGUGCAUGGAGACAAGCGACGGGGAAGUUCCGGUGACUUGCCGGUCUGCGACGGGCUCAGGGACUUUGUCGCUGCGGAGAGCGCGAAUUUAACGCUGCCGGAUGUCAAUGUCAUGCUGGAGGUUCUCACUCAGCGGAAGCAUCUUCUGGAAGCGGAGUCUUGCGCGGCACAGAACAAAUUGCUCCAUGAGUUCCUCAAGCACUUGCUCAAGCAGAAGGAAGAGCAGAGGAACCAGUUGCAGAAGGAGGUCGCGCUCAUUCAGCACGACAUGCUCGAGGUGGAGAAUAUUUUGAGGGACGUACAGAGCAAGUGUCCGCGGGUGGAAGACAUUAAGUCUUCUGCGGGGGAGAACGAGACCGCGCAGAUGUCCGCGAUACGCAAAGAGAUGAUUGACCUGAUAGACAUAAUUGAUUCUAAUAUGGUGAAGCCAGAGUCCGCUAAUACUAGCAGUGAGAGUCAGAAGGAGUACGCGGCCGCGGUAUCGACGCUCGCGGCAAGACGCAAGAGAAUGUACGCCCACUUUGAUGAUUUUGUUUCCUGUUACUUUGAAGCCCGAGCUAAAGAUCUGCUUCUGGGCUCUCAGAAGCUGACGCCCGUUGACACCGUCCACGGGAUGAGCUCAGGGCUGGAUGUGUUCCGUGAAAAUCUUAUUAAGUUUUCUCGGUACAGCGCGCUGAGACCUUUGGCGACGUUAAAUUACUCAUCAGAUAUUUUUAACAACUCAACGAUUGUGUCGAGCAUCGAAUUCGACAAAGACAACGAAUUUUUUGCCAUCGCUGGAGUUACCAAGCGGAUAAAAGUCUUUGAGUUUGGCUCUGUGGUCAGAGACUCUGUGGACAUUCAUUAUCCCUGUGUGGAGAUGAUCUCCAGUUCAAAAAUUUCAUGCGUCUCAUGGAAUUCUUACCACAAAGGAAUGCUGGCCUCGUCGGAUUACGAGGGAACGGUGACCGUCUGGGACGCAGCCACUGGACAGAGGAUAAAAGCAUUCCAGGAACAUGAGAAGCGAUGCUGGUCCGUAGACUUUAACGACGUGGAUACGCGACUUAUAGCCUCGGGGUCUGACGACGCGCGCGUCAAGCUCUGGUCCCUCAAUAUCGAUCACUCCGUGGCCUCGUUGGAGGCGAAAGCAAAUGUCUGCUGCGUCAAGUUCAAUCCCAGGAGUUCCUGUCAUCUUGCUUUUGGAUCCGCGGACCACUGCGUUCACUACUACGACCUCAGGAACCUCAAAGAAGCUCUCUGUGUCUUCAAAGGACACCGCAAGGCCGUUUCUUAUGUUAAAUUUAUAAACAAAGAGGAAAUUGUCUCAGCCAGCACCGACUCGCAGCUCAAAGUCUGGAACAUAAACAACCCCCACUGCUUGAGGUCCUUCGUCGGACACAUAAACGAAAAAAAUUUCGUCGGACUGGCCACCGACGGCGAUUAUGUCGCAUGUGGGUCAGAAAAUAACGCUCUCUAUGUUUACUACAAAGGACUUACUAAACAAUUAUUUUCUUAUAAAUUUGAUCCUGUUAGAAGUGUCCUAGAGUUGCAGGAGAGACGUGAAGAAGAGUCUAAUGAAUUUGUAUCAGCGGUUUGUUGGCGGCAAAAUUCAAAUGUCGUCGUCGCUGCCAAUUCUCAAGGGAUUAUCAAAAUACUUGAGCUCGUUUAAUUUAUUUUUAAUUAAUGACGAUUAUAAAAUUCAUUUUUUUAUCUCAGGCUUAUAAAUUUUUAAAAUUUUAAAUUAUUGGAGCGGAAAUUUUAAUUAUUCAAAUUACGAAAUAAGUUAUUUUAUAUUUACCUCAGGCUUUUUUUUAAAUUACGUAUAGUUUCAAAACUUGUAAAAUAAUGAUGAUUAUUAUAAUUAUUUGUGUUGAGUAAAAAUUAUAGAAUAUUUUUUUAAGUAAAAGAUAAUAAUUAUGUGCCAAUUAAAUCUAGAUAUAAUUUUACAUAAUUAAUAAUAAUUAUUUUUUUUACUUUGGUUAAUAAAUCGAACUAGAAUUAAAUGUUAAAUAUAAAUGUUUGUUAGAUUCGGAUAUCAAUAGGAUAGAAUUUUAAUUAUGAUUUAAAAUUAAUUAAUUAAUUAUAAAUAAAAUGGAGAGAAGGAGACUAGUUUAUUACCAGGUUUUAAAACUUGGGAUGCAAAUCGGUUGUUGUGACUCAUGUGAAGGACUUAAGUAAUAAAACAUAAUUAAUUAUUAUAAUUAUUAAUAUUAAUAUUAUUAUUAUAAGAAGUAUGUAAAAAAAUUAUAAGUAAUUUAAGAAAGAAUUAAAAGGAAAGAGAACGCGCGCUAUUACGAAAGAAAAUAGUAUAUUUUUAGAAUGUAUUUUAAAAAAGUGUUUAAUUAUUAAUGAAUUUCAUUAAUUUAAGAUUUAUUCAG